CACUGAGCACCAUAUUGCUGAGGUUCAUUUCAUGGGUAUUUGGAAAAAGGCUGGUUGAGGGAGUGAGCAAGAGGUGGAGAGUUUGCUAGGCUACAGGCAGUGUGGGUUUAGGGUUCCCACUCUUUUAAGGCUGGUGACUGACCCAAGCGUGUGCCCCCACCGAGAACGAUUUCGACCGUGCCGCAGGACAAAAUAGGGUGGAUAGUGGAAGCGACUGGAAUGAUAGAAGAAUAAAGAGAGAGCUGAUUUAGGAGAAAAAGGCACGACAGACAGAAGCACCGCGGCGGUAAACCAGCCAGACACCCGUUAGCUACGGACGGCAAGAAGGAGAAAAAGAAAUAAAAAGGGGGACGGUUAGACAGUUGCACCGAGUAACUAAAUUGUGGAAACGUUAGUAUACCGGCAAGUAUGGCAGAUGCAGAUGUUGACUUCCAGACCGGCGAUGCCGGGGCAUCGGCCACCUUCCCUCAGCAGUGCUCAGCCCUGCGCAAGAACGGCUUUGUGGUCCUGAAGGGACGGCCCUGCAAGAUUGUGGAAAUGUCCACCUCCAAGACCGGCAAGCACGGCCACGCCAAGGUCCACAUGGUCGGUAUUGACAUCUUCAAUGGCAAGAAGUAUGAGGACAUCUGCCCCUCCACCCACAACAUGGACGUUCCCAACAUCAAGAGAAUGGACUACCAGUUGAUUGGGAUCACGGACGGAUACCUGUCUCUGCUCCAGGACAGCGGUGAGGUGAGAGAGGAUCUGAAGAUGCCGGAGGGAGACAUGGGUAAAGAGAUUGAAGCCAAGUAUGAAGCUGGAGAGGAGAUACUGAUCACCGUUCUGUCCGCCAUGAAUGAGGAGGCUGCCGUAGCCAUCAAGGCCAUGGCCAAAUAAGACACUGCAGGGGUUAACAAGAUGCACUGGACCUGGUUUAAGGAGGGAAUGAGGCCACUUCAAUGCCAGUCUCCCUCUUUUUCUUCUUUCUUUUUUGUAAUCUCUCUCUUCCUCUCGCUCUCUCUCUCUGUACUUUCUCACCUUUCUCUGGGUGUGAAAUUAGAAUCUAAUUUCAAUAAAUAAUUGGAAAUUGCAAAAAAAAAAAAGGCAAAACAUUCUCUCUGUACGCAUACAUGCACACAGCCUUCAAGUCAGCACCAGUACAGACGAAAACAAAUGGAGAAGAAAGGUAGAAAGGAAAAAGAAGUGUUCUCUCACCACCUGUUAGGGCGCAGGUAGCUACCUACCGUCAGGGGCAGGGGUGGUGGAAAUGUCACAAAUGUCUGUUUUGUAAAAUUUCCCAGUUUCAUCAAGGGCUUCUUUAACUCUAGAUUUAUGAUGAGUGAUGCUGUCCUAUUUAGAGGCUCAUUUAGCAAGAGCGGUGCUUGGAAUUUUGUGACAGAAGUAAGGUUAAGUACCAACACCAUUUUCACCAAAAUAACCUGGCGAGUUGUCAGGUCCAUCUAUACAUUACCAUCUUAUUUUCCAAGCGAUCUGUCUUUCUGAAUGAGCCCCUUGUUUAAUAUUUUGUGUAAAGUAAAUCACCAUAUCCUGUGUAUUAAAGAACUGUCAGGAUCUA